GACAUAGGGCGCAAGGCACGUUACGGUGGGAGCAAGUAGAAACUAUUUACUAUGUCAUGUCACGCAGAACAUUCGCUUGACCUAUAGAUUUUGAGUCGUACUAAUGCAGGACUAUGUUUAUUGCUGUACAUUUUCAUGACCGCAAAGUUUUCCGGGGUGUCGUUAGGAUACGGUGUGGAUUUAUGGCGCUCAUAAUCUGACUGGGUAUUCCUGGCACUGAAAGUUGAAAUACAUGCUAGCUAGCUGAUUGUGACCAACAGCGCGCAUGAACUUGAUUCUCACGGUUGUGAAAUAGCUUCCUAUCACAGUCGACCGUCUGCAUGUGACACUGAUAGCAUCGUGUCCAUGUGACCGGUCUUAUGGCCUGAACGCUCUUGCAGCAGUCCACCGCAUUCCGCAAGGCUGCAACUGUUACGCAGUAUACGAGCAUUGCACAUCAUGAGCGAGGUGAUUCAUCCGCCUGCUGUGCAGCACAUGGCACAACACGUUCUCAGCCAAUUGCAAGAACAUCGAUCACGUCAUCCGCCGAAUUCACGACCAACCCCCUUAUUCGUUGGCGUUCAAGGCCCACAGGGCAGCGGAAAGACUUUCCUAACUUCCUGCCUCCGUGCCUACCUCGCCAGUUCACCACACGCCCUCAAAAUCACUGUGCUUUCAAUCGACGAUCUCUAUCUUCCGCACUCUGGACUCCAAAGUCUUGCAGAAAGCCAUCCAGACAAUAUCUUGUUUCAAGGAAGGGGACAGCCAGGAACACACGAUGUGCCUCUCGGUACUUCGGUUCUCAAGAACCUCAAAAAGAUCAACGAACUCGAUGCAGGGUCUGUCGACAUCCCUAUCUUCGAUAAGAGUCUAUUUAAUGGAAAGGGGGACCGCGUAUCUGCUGGUGAGACGGUGAAAGGGCCCGUGGACGUAGUUGUGCUGGAGGGAUGGUGUGUGGGAUUUUUCCCUACGAGUAAAGAGGUCGUCGAAGAAAAAUGGAAAGAACCUGUGCCGACUCUCGAGUCUGAUAUCUUUGACAUGAAAACCUUCGUGUCCGUGGAUCACGUACUGGCCAUCAACGAACAAUUAAAGCGAUACGUGGAGUGGUGGAGCGCACUCGAUGCUUUCAUUCAGAUAAAGGGGCCUUCGUCUGCACAGCUAUCUAUCAUAUAUAAAUGGAGAUUACAACAGGAACACGGUAUGAAAGCUAAGAAUGGCGGAAAGGGCAUGACCGAUGACCAAGUCAAGACCUUCGUCGACCGCUAUAUUCCCGGAUACGUCUUUUUUGGUGAUGGAGUGACGAGAGGAUUUUCAGGCGGCGAAGGAACGGAAACAGAGCGACCACCGUCGUGGGUAGGCAAGGGACUAUCAGUCACGAUUGGGAAUGAUAGAGAGUUCCUGCAUGUCAGUAAUUUUUAGAAAUGACGCUAGAACACAUGGACUUUACAGAGGACUGCGCACGGACUGCGCUCUGAUUUUAUCUCACUUGUGAAAGCUGAGUCGUACAUGAUGUAUGAUAUCUCCUUCAGGCAUAGUCAGCUAGGUCUCUUAGUUUUUGGGAGCAUGUGUCCA